AUGGCCAACCAAAUAUACCAAUACUCGCUCCUCAGCGCCCUCAUGCACGGCAUCUGUCACGAAGGCCGAAGUGUUCAGCAAGUCCUCCAGCACGGCGACCACGGUCUGGGGACCAUCCGCGGCUUGGAUGGCGAGAUCGUGAUCGUGGACAGCAAAGCCUAUCACUUCCCCUCGGACCCUAGAAAGCCGCCUCGAGCCCUUUCGGCGACCGCCACCCUGCCCUACGUGGUGAUCACCCGCUUCCAGCCCAGUCUGCUCAAAAGCCUCCCCCGUCUGUCCAUGGCAUCUCUAUCCGACGCCCUCUCCCCCCUCCUCCCAACCCAACAAAACACUUUUAUCUCCGUUCGGCUCGACGCGUGGUUCCGCAAAAUCUGUUUCCGCGUGAUCCCCGCGCAGAGCCGACCACGGGAAUCGUUGAAAACCCUCGCCGCGCGCCAGGUCAUUAAGGAGUGCCGCGACGUCCGCGGCGUGAUCUUCGGGUUUUGGUCCCCACCGUAUACUAGCGGGUUCAGCGUGGCCGGGUUCCAUCUUCAUUUCAUGUCUGAGGACGGCGCCAGCGGCGGCCAUGUUGUUGGGUUCGAGGCGGACGGGGAAGAGGUGAAACUUGCGGCGGCGCCGAUCCGGGAUUAUCGGGUGGAAGUACCAGCUGGGGAAGAAUUUCACGAGGCUCCGGUUGGAAAUGUGGCAGAGAAGGAGUUACAUGCUGCUGAAGGGGCUUAG